AUGUGCGAUAGUUCAAUAUUAACGCCCUCUUCCUGUAAAUAAAACUCAGCUGGUGUUGUAUAAGUGAUCCAAACGUCACUUCAUCGAUCUUAGAUACAAGAUGACAAUCGUGUUCAGUUGUGUGGCCAAUGGCACUAUCGUGCUUUGUAGCCAUCAGAUCGGGGCAGGAUCUUUUGAGACUGUUGCAGAGUCCAUACUGCGUAACAUCCCCACACGGAACGAUGGCAAGACCACCUACAGUUCUGACAGUUACAUGUUCCACUGUGAAGUAGCCAAUGGUAUCAUUUUCCUGUGUGCAGCUAAGGCCGACUUUGGAAAGAAACAACCUUAUGCAUUUUUGGCUGAGAUCAAGAGAAAGUUCCAGAGUGGGACAAUGGCCAUGCGGGCUGUGACCCCAAGGUCACAUGAACUGGAUGGGGAGUUUGGCAUGGUUCUAGGCCAGAACAUGGAAAAGUUCUCAAAACCGGCCAAUGACAAUCUGUCUGUACUGAGGUCACAGGUCGAUGAGGUGAAGGAUGUCAUGACACAGAACAUAGAGAAGGUUUUAGAGAGGGGAGAGCGGCUAGACGACCUUGUGGACAAAACCAAUGACCUUGAAGCCAGUGCUCAAACAUUCCAAAAAACAGCUACAAAGUUGAGGCGUAAAUAUUGGUGGAAGAAUACCAAGAUGAUGAUGAUUCUAGGUGGGGUGAUAUUUGUAGUACUGGUAAUAGUAGUGCUACUGAUCCUGUAUGGCGCAAAGGUUUUUGACUCGUCUUCAUCAACAACCACCACCACCAUCGCCCCUACACCCCUUCCAUCCACUGCACGUACUAAUGGCUGAUGAUAAAACCUCUGGUCGUCUCUCCAAACAGUGCCAAUAUGUAUACUGAUGUCCUUCUCCGGAGGGACGAGAAACAUUAUACUUUAUGACUUUGUUAUAAAAAGCUUUAUGAAUUUUAAAAAAAGUUUACAAGCUAUAUUUUAUGGAGAAGCUUACUAAACUAUACCUUGCAUUAGCAUGGAAGAGCAUGCACAUGUAUAUAUGUUGCCAUGGAAUAAUAUUUAAAAUUCAAAGGAAAUUUAAUGUUUGAACAAAAGGUACAGGUGGAUUCAUAUUGACAAUCAGGAAACAGGAAUAAAAUGCAUAACAAUACAUACAGUCUCUAGCCACUUGGUCUCAUGUUCGCGGCCUACGUUGGGCAGAAGCCAGGAGCUGGCCGCAGGUCAGUGAUUUAUUCACCGGGUACUCCAGCUUCUCUCCAACACCAAAAACAUGGCACAUCCUUAAAUAACCAUAUCUGUUAACAGGACGUAAAACACAAAAAAAUAACAUGGGCGCAGAUGUGCAAAUUUUAACCCCAAUAGCCAGGUGAGUGAUGCAAGGCCCUUAAUUGUGCCUCUUGUAGACUUUUCCAAGUUAUUCUAGUCCAGUUCAAAGCAAAUUUGUUAUUUCUCAUAGUCCUGAAUGUAAACAGAUGUUGUUAUUUUUUGGUUAAAAGGACAUGAACACACUUCUUCUUAUUGGCAUUUUUUACUUCUUUUUUUAAGAUUUUCCAAGUUGAUUUGUACCAGGAUUGGUAGAGAUGAACCUCUUAUUUGCACACAGGUAGUCUUAAGCGAUUCCCUUUUUCAUUGGUCCCUCAGUAUGUACUACUUAGUUGAACUUUGCAUUUUACUUUUAUACUCAAAAUACAAGUUUUAAUGAGAAAACAAUAUCAAAAGUAAGUCGAUGUGACCUACAUUUUCUGCUUCUCUGAUAUUGGUUAGACUCUGCAUUUACUGGGUUGCUGUACUUCCUUGGGAACUCCUUGUGUUUACUUUCCUUGUAGCUCCAUUUCCAUAAAGCAGACAGCAGCAUAUGUAGGUACACUUUCUUUUCAGUCAACAAUAAUGCCCACUGGUCUUGAGUAGUGCAAUGAUUACGUAUUACAGUUCAUUAUGGUCAUGUUUUCAAAGAAUGUUUGACUGAAGGAAAUGUUAUUGAUAAGUAUAUACAUAUGCCAUGACCUAAGUUAUACUGUAAAAGUUUUAAUGUUAGUGUAAAUAGAAUUUUGUUUAGUUAGACUGAAAUAUUUCAUAUUUGAGCUCAUAAACAUAAAACUGUGAAAGUUUAACAAAUAACAUUUUUUUGUAUAUAUUUCUGUAAAUAUAGAAUGUUUACAAUGAUCUAUACAUGCAUGUUAGUGUCUGGGGGUUGGGAAGCGAGUCUAAUGGUCACAAAAUCACAGAUAUCACACAGCUCUCCGGUAUGUGCCUUACCAAUAUUUAUAAAAAUAAUUUAAUUAUUAUAUUGUUUGUUGUUGGAUAAAACAUAACUUUUGUGUGCUACUUGUUCAUGACACAUUUAAAUCUACCGUAGUUAAUACUCUCUACCAUUAGUCCAUUGUUGCAUCCUCACAACAGCUAAGGACAUGUGAAGACGGUGGUUGAUACGACAUGUUUAACAGGGUGUAUACAUAAAGAAAACCGCCCAGUAGAUAAGUUAUGUGUGCUAGUCAUUCUGUGUUUACCGAGGUAGUUAUAGGUUUAAGUUGUUCUUUGCUGACCAAUAUUUAAUUUCUAAGUGACUUUAUAAUAAAUAUAUGCUAGAAAUACUCAUCAUUCAGGUGCAUAAUUGACUACAAAAUACUGCAAACAAAAAUGUUUGAUUCAUCAUAACUUUUGAAGUAUAAUGUACAUGUAAGUAUAAGUACUUGUUUUGUUCAGAGACAGAAAAAAUGAAGCAUUACUUUUUAAUGUCCAUUAUACAUAAAUACAUAUUGUUGCUUUUAAAUAGAACUGUUUUAUAUACACAUAUUUUUCGGGAUAUGUUAUAAUGUCCAUCAACACUUUUGUUUUUGCUCUGUUACUUCCCUUUUUAUAUCAAACUUCAUGAGGUUAUAUUGUUUAACCAGAGGUAGUUUCUUCGACAUGACUUAACCGUUUCUAAAAUCAUCUUCACCAAACUUUAUUGGGUUGUAUUAAUUGGUAAAAAGUACCAGCAGUCACCUUCUUUUAAUAUUACUUUAUCAAAAUACCAUUAAAGGUUUGUGCUGUCAGUCUGUUUAGCUAAUGAUUUCUUCUUUGAAUUUCAUGAAACUUUUCAAAUAUCAUUAUUACAUCACAGGUCAGAACUAUAUAAGGUUCAAUCUUCAUCAAAGUUAACUCAUUCACCCCUGAUGACACAUCUGAACUCCUCCAAUCCAAAGGUUGGAAAAGCUUUAUUCUCUUGGAGAUAACAUUAAUUUGUAGGAGUAACAGAUAUAUUCAAAGUUAGUUCAUUCAAUAUUGAUUCCUUCAAUGCAAUUUCCUGAUGGUUUUACUGCUCUUUAUUAAAUCUCUUCUCAUUUAUAGUAAUCUGCAACAGCAGUGGGUGUAUUAUAUACCAUUCAUGGUACUCUGAAGUUUGUUAUCAUCUUAUACACUGAAAAAAUAUUCCUACAUUUGAUGUACAUGUGGUGAUUUUCCUCUUUAUUACUUUUUUAAGCGGAUUUAGAUAAAUUUCUAUAUUGAUAAUCAAAAACAUUUUAACACUAUGAUGUGCAUUAUCUUUUAAGAAUAUUUUGUGAUAUGUUUGAAGAAGGUUGGAAUAAAAUGAACAAUUU